AUGCAUCCUUCCUUUGUGUUUAAAAAUAUUAUUAAGGGUCAGGCCAUUAGAACCUCACGUUUGAAUCCAACUGAAGAAGGUUUCUGCAUGGAAUUAGAGAAUCUUAAGGGCAGGUUAAUUGAUAGAGGCUAUGAUAUUAAUGAAGUGAAUGAUAGUAUGCAGAAUAUGUCAGAGUUAAGACAUACCACGGCUAUGCCAUAUUUUGGACCUAUUGCACAAUGUUGUCUAUCAAAAGAGAAUUUAACUACUACUUUACCUGUAGUGAAAUUUACAACUGCCUUCACCUCUGACCAUUCUGAAAUCAGGGAUAUAAUUAGUAGGUUCUGGGCAGUCCUCCAGAUUGAUAAUGAUCUAAAGGAAAUAGUUGGCGAAUUUCCCAAAUUUCAAUACAAGAACAAGAAGAACCUUAAGAGAAUGCUCUGUCACUCGAAACAUAAGAGAGUUGAGAUGACUACAACUUAUACUGUUCCAUGUGGACAAUGUUUUAGUGGCAGCCAAGGAGGAUAUGGCUCUUGGUCUUAUCGAUACCCUCAGUACAGUGCCCCACAGGCAUCCAACUAUUCCAAGCAGUUUUAUUGGAGCAGAGACCGAGAUGAUAAGAGCAACUCUGGUUCCUAUUUUUCAUCCAAGCAGCAAGAUGUCGAGAAAAAAGGCUUCCAGAAAAAUGAUACAUCCAGUUUUAGUUUUUCUCUUAAUAGAUUCUCGGCCUUGAAUUCCAGUCAGAGUGCUGGUAAAAGCCAAGAUGAUGAUGAAAAACUUCUAGAAUCCAUUAAGUAUGACCUGGAAGUCUGGGAAUCGUCUGGACAGUGGCCAUUAUCAACCUACUGUCCUCUGUUGGUGAAACAGAAUAUAUCUGGUUUUAUGGAUAUUUCUCCUGAGGAACUACGGCACCAGUGGUAUACUUGCACAGGUGAAGGCACCAUGCAGAAUUAUAUUACUUCAGUACAGCAGUUAAUAAAUCAGUGGAAGAGCAGACUACUUCAACUGAAGACCCUGCAACUCUCAUCUAAAGCAUCACUGAUUGCAGAAUUAAUGAAUACUUCCAGCCAGAUUAAAGCUUCACCUGGGUUUGGAGCACAGCAGACAUCUAGCACUGGGAAAUCAGGUUUUGCCACUGGUGGUGGAAGCAGCAGUGCAUUUAGCUUUAAAGCAGAGUCAGUGUUUGGAUCUUCAGUUCCAGCUAGUGCUCCGGUAUUUGGAGCAACUUCGUCCCAGCCUGCACAACCAUUUAGUUCUGUAGUGCCUCCUGCAUUUGGAACCUCUUUACAACCAGCGUUUAGCUCUUCUGCCUCUGGUAGCAAUUCACAGUCUUCAUCAUUUGGUACGGCCUUCUCAUCUGCACCUGGAAAUGCAGCAUCCUUUUCAUUUAUUAUUCCUGCUUCACCUGGCACUGGAGGUACACCAUCCACAGUUUUUGGAGCUUCUGCUGCUUCAGGGUUUGGAAGCUCUUCAUUUGGAAUGGUUUCAUCAACUUUGGCCUCUACAAGUUUUGGAGAGACUGUUACUAGUGCAACUGGAGGGUUGGGUUUCAGCGGUGUGACUUCAUCUCCAUCCCUGUCAGGUGGUUUAGGGGUCAUAGGUUCAGCCACACAUUCCUUUUCAUCGGGUAUUUCUACACAACACACUGGUACAGUACAGGGUCAGAGUUCAAGUACAGCAAUAUCCGGUUCGGCUGCAGUGCAUACUUCUGAAAAGUUGUUUACUCCUCAGGAUGAACUGACUGCAGAUGAACUGAGAGAAUUUAAAGCAAAAAGAUUUUCUUUGGGAAUGAUUCCUUUAAGACCACCACCGAAAGAGCUUCUAGUUAUUUGAAAAAAAACCCGCCACAGAUGCAUUCUUAGUAACUAUAACUUAGAUGGUCUCCAGUUACUCUUGCAUUGCAGUUUAAUGUCCCUAAGUUAAUAUUUCAAGAACUUUAUGGUCCAGGUUAUGAAAUGUAUUUUCUGAAACUUUUAAAUCUUGUAUACAUAAACAAUUGAUAACUAAUAUUUCUCUUUUGAUGUACACUGCAAAUAUUGUAAUAAACAUACAGUUCCCAAAUGA